GUGGGGGCUAGUCAAAUAAAACCAAACUAAAUCGAACGCAUUCAAAUAAAUAUUAGUCGAUUUUCAAACUUCACUCGAAGUUGUCAUUUGAAGACAGCAGCAAGAUACAACAAUCAUUUCAAGAUGAGUUCGAAAACGCCGAUCCAGGAUUUUUAUUCUGGAGCUAACAUCUUCGUGACUGGCGGAACUGGUUUCAUGGGAAAGGUUUUAUUGGAGAAGAUGCUCAGGGAUUUACCAGAUCUGGGAAACAUUUUUAUCCUGGUUCGAGGAAAACGCGGUUUGGAUCCUGAGAAAAGAUUGGAAGCAAUUAAGCAAUUGCCGGUAUUCGAACGUUUGAGGUCAACAAAUCCUAAAGCUCUGAAUAAAUUGAUCGUAGUUGAAGGUAGUUUAUCGGAGGAGAAUUUGGGAUUAUCCGAAGAGAACAGGAAACGUGUGACGGAGACUGUAUCAGUUGUUUUCCAUAUGGCGGCUUCCUUGCGUUUGGAAGCCGGCGUCAAAGAUGCAGUUUUGGCUAAUACUUUAGGUACAAAACGCGUCAUGGAUCUCUGCAAACAGAUGAAGAAUAUUAAGAGUGUCAUCCAUUUAUCCACCGCGUUUUGUCAUGUGGAAAUCGAGGUGCUGGAGGAGAAAGUGUACAAACCGAACUGCGAUCCCUACGAGAUGAUCAAGUACGUGCAGACGGAGAGCGAGAAGGUGCUGGACGAGAAAAAGGAAGAAUUAAUACACCCGCAUCCAAAUUCCUACACGUUCUCGAAGCGAUUAGCCGAGUCGAUUGCCCAUGAUUAUACCCAGGAUUUGCCGAUCGCUAUAGCCAGACCAUCGAUCGUUAUACCGGCCUUAAAGGAACCAACACCAGGUUGGGUGGAUAAUCUGAACGGACCCGUUGGUAUUCUCGUUGCCUCUGGUAAAGGCGUCUUGAGAUCAGUGCUUUGCAAUGAGAAGUACUACGCGGAAUUCAUACCGGUGGAUUGCGCCAUCAACGCGUUGAUUAUCUUCGCCUUCUUCAGAGGAACGGAGAAAAAGCGCGAAACAUACGUUAUAAAUAUAACGACGCCAAGGGAUAUCGUGGAAAUCACUUGGGCUGAGGUCAUGAACAAAGGGAGAGUUGCCAUGUGGAAGUACCCUUUCGAAUGGAUGCUUUGGUAUCCAAAUGGUACAAUUCGAACCAACGUUUAUAUACAUUGGCUAAUUAUGAUACUCUUCCAAUGGAUUCCCGCUAUAUUGCUAGACAUAUUAUUUUUCAUCCUCAGAAGAGAACGAUUCAUGAUUCGCGUCCAGAAGAAAAUCAAGGUUGGACUCGAAGUGCUCUCUUACUUCACGUUGCACGAAUGGAAUUUCAAAAAUCCGUGGUCCGUAGCUUUGAUCAAACGGAUUGUGAACGAAGACGAAGCGAAAAUCUUUUACACGACGAACGUUACUUUCGACAUUGAUAUGUUCUUCGAGGUAAUGAUCGUUGGUACACGAAAGUAUUGCCUGAAAGAGGAUCUCGCGACUUUGAAAUACUCAAGGAUUCAUUUGAAAGUGUUGUACAUUUUGCAUAUUUUCUUCAAAUAUUUGAUAAUGUAUUAUGCAGUUUGGUAUUGCUUAAAGUUGGUUGGAAUCUCAGAUCUUCUAACUGUUAACCAUUGGUUCCCAUCAAGCCGGGUUUGAAUCUUAUUAUUUGUAGAACAAACUCCAUAUCACGAAAAACUUUUAUAAAGUUUGAUAUUGUUAAAAAUAAGGGUGACUGAGUAUAUCUUUAUAUCUUUGUUUUAUAAUAUAUUUGUACAAAUAAAAUGAUUACAUCAGAAA